UUUGAAUUCCAGCGGUGCCGCCACAGUCCGAACAAGAGCUGGGUUGGAGGGGGCGGGACCUGGGGAGCCAGGCGGGUCGCUACAUCGUGGGGGAACUAGUGCUGCCGCCGCCAUAGACACCAACGCCACCACCUCCUCCGUGUCCAGGAUGGACUCAGUGUUGGAAGAGGACGUCACCCUCCCCGGAACGCUCAGCGGCUGCAGUGGCCUUGUUCCCAGUUUACCAGAUGACCUGGAAGGCAUCAGCCCCAUUGCUGGUUUGGGAAAUGGUGUGCUCCCGAUUGUGACAGAAGAAAUGGUGUCUCCCACCAGAGCGCGGAACAUGAAGGACUUUGAAAACCAAAUCACUGAAUUGAAAAAAGAAAACUUUAACCUAAAGCUCCGCAUCUAUUUUCUUGAGGAAAGAAUGCAACAGGAAUUUGAUGGCCCCACCGAACAUGUCUAUAAAACUAACAUCGAGCUCAAGGUGGAAGUAGAAAGUCUGAAGCGGGAGCUCCAGGAGAGAGAGCAACUGCUCAUCAAAGCCUCCAAAGCGGUUGAAAGCCUAGCUGAAGGGGGUGGAUCUGAAAUCCAGCGAGUGAAAGAAGAUGCUCAGAAGAAGGUACAGCAGGUCGAAGAUCUCCUAACCAAAAGAAUAUUCGUUUUAGAAAAGGAUGUGAAAGCCGCCCAAGCAGAACUGGAAAAGGCCUUUGCAGGGACGGAAACGGAGAAGGCGCUUCGGCUGAGCUUGGAGAACAAGCUUUCAGAGAUGAUGAAGAUGCACAAGGGAGACUUGGAGGCAGCUCUGGUCCUGGAAGAGAAAGACAGACUGAUUGAGGAGUUGAAGCUGUCUUUGAAGAGCAAAGAAGCUUUAAUUCAGUGCCUUCAAGAGGCGAAAUCUCAGAUGGCAUCUCCUGAUAAACAUGUGUCAUCCGGAGAGCCCCAAGGACUUUCUGGUGCUCUGAGGGGAGAAGAGGAGAGAGAAACUGAGGCUGCACAAAUGGAGCGCCAGAAGGAGAGAAAUCGCUUUGAAGAGAGGAUCCAGGCACUUCAGGAGGACCUGAGAGAGAAGGAAAGAGAAAUUGCUACAGAAAAGAAAAAUAGUUUAAAGAGGGAUAAAGCCAUUCAGGGUCUAACCAUGGCAUUAAAGUCAAAGGAAAAAGAGGUUGAAGAACUUAACUCUGAGAUUGAAAAGCUCAAUACUGCCUUUGCUAAAGCCAGAGAGGCCCUCCAGAAAACACAGACCCAGAACUUCCAGGGGUCUGAAGAUUAUGAGGCUGCUCUGUUAGAAAAGGCAGCCCUCUUGGCUGAGCUGCACUCAGAAAACCUCACGAAGAGUACGGAGAACCACAGACUGCGUAGGAACAUUAAGAAGGUCACCCAGGAGCUGAGUGACUUGCAGCAGGAGAAGGAGAGACUAGAGAAGGACCUGGAGGCAGCUCAUCGAGAGAAGAGCAAAGGAGACUGCACCAUCCAUGACCUUAGAAAUGAAGUAGAGAAAUUACGCAAUGAAGUGAAGGAAGGAGAGAAAGCAGUGGAGAAUCGUUACAAGAGUCUCUUGAGUGAAAGUAAUCAGAAAUUGCACAGUCAAGAGCAAGUGAUUAGACGUCUCACAGAAAGUGCCAGUCAAAAGGACUCGUUGCUUCAGAAAUUCGAUGAAAAAGAUUUGGAAGCAAUACAGCAGAACCGUUAUUUAAUGACUACGGAGGAUCUCAAGUUCAGGAAUGAAAACUUAAUAACAGAAAAGUGCUCUUCUCAACAGUCACCAGGCAGCAAAAUCAUCUUCUCUGAGCAACUCCUUAGUGUUGGAAGCACAGCUCAGCUUUGUUCCGAGGAAAAGCAACAAUUAGACUAUGAAGAGCUGAUUCAGGUCUUAAAGAAAGAGCGGGACAUCUAUACCCAUCUGGUAAAAUCUCUGCAGGACUCAGACAGUAUCAACAACCUGCAGGCUGAGUUAAACAGCGUUUCUGCCCUGCGGAAGCAGCUGGAGCGGGAUGUGCUCUCAUAUCGGAAUUUGCAAAAGACCCUGGAGGAGCAGAUCAGCGAGAUUCGGAGGCGGGAAGAAGAACCAUUUUCGUUUUAUAGUGAUCAAACAUCUUAUCUGAGUAUUUGCCUUGAAGAGCCCAAUCGGUUUCAAGUGGAUCAUUUUUCUCAAGAAGAACUUAAGAAAAAGGUCAGUGACCUUCUACAGCUAGUGAAGGAACUGUACGCAGACAACCAGCACCUGAAGAAAACCAUUUUUGAUCUCUCCUCUGUGGGUUUCCAGGGAGGUGACGGACUUGAGUCAGUGCAACAAACGGAGCUUCUGGCUAGCAAGGAGGACGAGGACAUGACCAAAACUGGAGAGGAUGAUGAGAGUAAUUUCCUGAGCGAGCAGGAUUUGGAGCAGAGUAACAAGAUUAUGGAGGACUAUUCCAAAGGGGGCUGCAAAAAUGGAUAUUUAAGGCACAUGGAUUCCAAUAUUUUAGACUACGAUGGCGCCCACAAACCUGGCUGCCCCGGAGACCAGAGUGUAGAAGAAGGCAAACUCAUGAACCUGCUUGCCCCUUUCUUCAACGAGAAGGCCACGUUGUUACUAGAAUCCAGGCCAGACCUUCUGAAAGUGCUACGUGAACUGCUUCUGGAACACAUAAGCUUGACAGAGCAGGAAGUUUCUGGAGAGCACCUUGAUGGUAAAACUGAGAAGACACUUAAGCAAAUGGCUGUUCAGCUAAGAGGUGAACUCAGACAUUUCAUCCAAACCAACUCAUUUUCCAAGCCACAUGAUGAUCUGAAGUCGCUUUGGGGAGCCCAGCUAGGAGAGGCAGGUGAAGUGUCCAAGGUAGAGCUGAAAGAUGCCUCGGUGCAGACCCGAGCCAUGGAGGGUGACAUGCUCAGAUUCAAACAUGAAGGCAAGAGACAGCCUUGGGAAGAGAAACCAUCAGACGCCAUCUUCAGUGCUGAGCAUCAGCCAGAGAACUUGUGCACGGUGCCAGGGCAGCAGGCCCCUCCCCUUUCCUUCCCCAGCGGGACCCACAAAGAUGCUAAGAAGUCUCGCUUGCCCAUCCUGAUAAAGUCAUGCCGGUCAUUAGGAAGUUUACAUCAGCUCCCUGCCACCCAGGCAGUGGUGGCCCAGCUGCAGGGCCAGAUCUUGGAGCUGCAGGGGGAGCUGAAGGAGUUUAAAAUUCGCAAUAAGCAACUUCACCAAAAGUUAAUUCUGGCUGAAGCAAUGAUGGAGGGGAGGCCAACGCCAGACAAAGCGCCGGUGAAAGCCCAGCCCCUUGUGGAAGCAGCCUACCAGGACAGCCCAGGAGAGCAAGAGGGAAUUGAAACCAUGCCCUGUGUCUGGAGAGACAAGGAAAGGGACAAUGAUCAGCACACAAGCUACAAGACUGACUCUGAAAUUUACCAGCCUGAUGACCUUGCCAUCUUGCCAACAUGCAAAGAGAAUCCUUCUGAAGAUUUUCCAGGCCCAGCUUCAGGAGCUACUCACUUGGGUUCUAAGUGUCAGCUUUCCACUAAAGGCAGUGUGAUUGGGACUGAUCAGUCGGAGAACAUCGAUACCUCAAAUGAUACAGAAAACUUAAAACAGAGAAUCUGUGACUUGGAAACCGAGCUCGAGGGCUACCGGAAUUUCAUACUUCAGCUUCAAAAACACUCCCAGUGCAGCGAGGCCGUUAUCACAGUUUUGUGUGGGACAGAAGGGGCCCAGGACGGCUUGCACAAGCUCAAGGGCAGUACUGACGAAGAAGAAAUGACCUUUUCAAGUUUGCACCAAGUACGUUACGUGAAACACAUGCAGAUCCUCCAUUCGCUGCCCCCGGAGAGGAUUGACGGCAGGAUGCUGGAGAGCCUCAAGCAGCAGCUGGUGGAACAGGAAUAUGAGCUGCAGAAGGAGCAGAAUUUGAACAUGGAACUUUUCAGUGAAAUCCAUAACCUGCAGAAUAAGUUCAGAGAUCUCUCGCCCUCAAGAUAUGAUUCAUUAGUUCAGUCCCAAGCCAGGGAGCUCUCCCUUCAACGACAGCAGAUUACGGAUGGCCGUGGCAUCUGUGUCAUUGCUCAUCAACAUAUGAACACCGUGAUUAAGGCGUUUCAGGAGUUGCUGCAGGCCAGCGACGUGGAUUACUACGUGGCCGAGGGUUUCCAGGAGCAGCUGAAUCAGUGUGCUGAGUUGCUCGAGAAAUUGGAAAAGCUGUUUCUUAAUGGAAAAUCAGUUGGAGCGGAAAUGAGCACCCAGAAUGAACUGAUAGAGAGGAUUGAGGAAGACAACCUAACCUACCAGCAUGUUCUGCCUGAGUCUCCUGAGCUGUCCGCCUCUCACGCAUUGUCCGAUUGUGAAGUGUCUGAAAAGUCCUCUUUCUCACGAGACCAGAAGCAAGACAGCGAGACCGAGAAGACCUUGGUCAUGGUGAACACUUUUUCUCAAGACUUACUAAUGGAACAUAUACAAGAAAUUCGAAGUCUGAGAAAACGUUUAGAAGAAUCUAUUAAAACAAAUGAGAAGCUACGGAGACAGCUGGAACGGCAAGGGUCUGAAUUGGAUCAAGGUUCUUCAAACAAUUUUGCUUAUGGUUCAGAGCUGCAUAAUUCUCUGACAUCAGAAAUUCGUUUCCUGAGGAAGCAGAACCAGGCCCUCCAUACAAUGCUCACUAGAGGAUCCAGAGAUAAACAGAAGGAGAAUGAGAGAUUACGCGAGUCCCUCUCCCGGAAGACUGCAAACCUGGAGCACCUUCAGCGCGAGUUCGCCUGUGUGAAGGGAGAGAAUGAGAGGCUGCAGAGGGAGGUCGGCGAGAAGGAGAGGCACAACCAGCAGCUGCUCCAGGAAGUCUGCGCCAGCCGCAGCGAACUGAGCAGGGUGCAGGAGGCGGUGCAAUUGAGGCAGCAGCUGCUUUCUCAGAACGACAAGCUACUGCAGUCUCUCCGGGUGGAGCUGAAGGUGUACGAGAAGCUGGAGGAGGAACACAGGAGGCCGAGAGAGGCCAGAGCAGAGGCGUCGGGAGAAGGCUGGAGGGGGCAGGACCCUUGCAGUGAGCUGCGUGGCCUCCUGCCGGAGAUCCGGGCUCUGCGGGCCCAGCUGGAAAGGAGCAUCGAAACCAACAGCAUGCUGCAGAGCAAGCUGGAGGAGCAGCUGGCGAAGGGGGAGAAGAAGGCUCAGGAAGCAGCGCUCACUCUGGCUCUGCAAACCGUGUCCAUCCCCGAGCGGCCCCUUCAGCUGGACAAGCAUGAUGAUGACAAAUGUCCCAUGGCAGUCGAUAAUUCACGCGAUCUGUUUGAUUCCACCCUGGCAGUGCCACCAAGAUCAGCUUCAGAGACUCCUCCACUCUCUGGACAUGACAUGGACUCCCUCUCCUGUGACAGCGGCAGCUCAGCCAUCAGCACCCCAUGCAUGUCCCAGCUGGUCCCUGGCCACCGCCUCUGGGCCAGCAAGAGUGGCCACCACAUCCUGGGCCUGACUGAGGACUACGAUGCCCUGUGUAAGCAGAUUGGCCAGGGCCAGAAGCUCCUUGCCGAGAUGGACAUUCAAAUCCAGGAAGCUCCCAGCUCCACGAGUCAGGAGCUGGGAAUAAAGGGUCCACACUUGGCACCCCUGAGCAGGUUUGUCACCAGCGUGAGCACAGCCAAGCUGAUCCUGGAUGAAGCCUCGAGGUUACUGACACUUCUCUGGAGGGUCUCGCUUCCCACAAAUGGCCAGUGCACGCUUCACUGUGAACAGACUGGAGAAAUGAAGGCAGAGAUCACCAAACUACACAAAAAAUUGUUUGAACAAGAAAAGAAGUUGCAAAACACUAUGAAGCUUUUGCAGUUGAGCAAGCACCAGGAGAAAGUCAUCUUUGAUCAGCUGGUUGUAACCCACAAAAUCCUUCGGAAGGCCAGAGGAAACCUGGAGCUCAGGCCCGGGGCUGCCCAUCCAGGAACGUCCAGUCCCAGCAGACCAGGCUCCUGAGGAGAACGUGCCGCCAAUAAAGCUUGUGGUUCCCCCCGAGCGUGCGCUGUCUCUGUUACACCUGUGGUUCCUGCUUAUUGAGGAAGAAAGGGCUGUCUGGCCAGAGGAGAUCUAUUUUUCCCCUUCAUGUUUUCUGUCCUAAAGUUGGUUUAAGGGUUGCUGUCAAACAAGGUUUG